UUUAUUUCCGACAGAAAUGUCUUUUUAAAGGAGAAUUUAAACCGUGGAGGCAACAGUGGGACCUGUCCGAGAAUAUAUCCCUUUAAUGUAACAACAACAAAAAAAAAUACCACCCGAAGGGUGUUAAAAGAAGAGAGACGAAUACAACACUAAAACCGACAAACAUAAACUCAACGCACUUGCAUUAGAAAGAGGAAACCAGAAACGCCGAGCCACGCAGCUAGAAGGCGGUUAUCCCGGCCGACCGCACUUACAGGUGCAUCAGCAACUGGGGAAAAACAGGGAAUUCAAACGACGUCGUCUCAUCUGCUUGUCCAAUUUGGGCACCUUUAAGAGUGCCAAGGCGAUACUGGUCACCACUUACUGCACUGCAGCUGUCCAACCUGUGCUCUUGUAUGCAGGCUGGGAGAUAUUUAUGAAGCUUUCAAGGUCUACUGAUUAAUCGGCCACUCGAUGGGGAUCUUCCGAGGAGCUCCCACUGGUGUCGCCUCCCCUCCACUCCGCCGCCUGCCUUCCCUCUUCAGGACCUCUUCCACAGAAAUCAUGAAACUCGUAUUAACUGAAUGGCAAUUAAUAUGGAUUUUCAUUAAUUGUAGUAGACAGUAAAGCCCAUGACGAAGCCAUAUGUUAUUGCAUGUCCUUACCAAAUACCUGUCUGUGCUCUUGAGAACCCCCAAGGAAUGUCUUCACACUUCGCCACACUUCUGGAGAAUUGAUCACCAGGAAGGGGACAAAGACAAAAGGAACUAAGUGCAAUCGAAGACAAACCGCCAAUCGAUCGUUGUUAAAGGAACAAAGCUGUAUCGUUUGGGUUGAUUAUUUUUUUUAAUGCUGACCAGCAUGGCGCCCCAGAACGCUGACUCGGAUACUAUGCAAGUUGAGAAUAUCGCCGUGGCCCCUGUGAAAAAGCAGGGCAGCAGCGGGAGAGAGGUGGAAAGCCAGGAUGAAUCGGUGAGCGAGGGCUCUAUAGACCGGAUUCCCAUGCGGCGCUGGGUGAUGCACGGCGCCGUGAUGUUUGGACGGGAAUUCUGCUACGCCAUGGAGACUGCCCUCGUCACACCCGUACUGCUGCAAAUUGGUCUUCCAGAACAAUACUACAGCCUGACUUGGUUCCUCAGCCCUAUCCUGGGGCUGAUAUUCACUCCUCUGAUCGGGUCGGCCAGUGACCGAUGUACUCUACGAUGGGGUCGCCGGCGUCCAUUCAUCUUGGCCCUGUGUGUGGGUGUCCUCCUCGGAGUGGCUUUGUUUCUCAAUGGAUCAGUUAUAGGCCUGGCCCUUGGUGAUGUUCUUAAUAACCAGCCCAUCGGAAUUGUACUGACAGUGCUAGGAGUGGUGGUGCUGGAUUUCUGCGCCGAUGCUACUGAGGGGCCAAUCCGGGCCUACCUGCUGGAUGUAGCAGACACAGAAGAACAAGACAUGGCACUGAAUAUCCAUGCCUUCUCUGCUGGACUGGGAGGAGCAGUAGGGUACAUGCUGGGAGGUCUAGAUUGGACCCAUACCUUCCUUGGCCAGAUCUUCAAGUCUCAGGAGCAGGUCCUCUUCUUCUUCGCUGCCAUUUUGUUUACUAUCUCUGUGGGGCUGCACCUCUUCAGCAUUGAAGAGCAGCAGUACAGCCCUCAGCAAGAUCGCCUGGAUGAGGAGGCAGACACCAUGUCUACGGUGAAGCUCAACGGCAGCCUGGUGGCCCCCGCCCUCCCCCCGCUGGACCUGAUUGGUGAAGAGCAGCCCUACCGCCUUUACAACGAGGCCCACUCUGAGCACGACAUGGACAUGGACUUCCUGGACGUAGAGAUUGUGAGGAGCAAAAGCGACUCCGUGCUCCACGUGACAGACGCCACCCUGGACCUGGACGCUGAAGCCUUGUUCCUGUGCGACAUCGAGCCCUCCAUCUUCCAGGACCACCUGUCCUCCUACCACAGCACCCCUCCGCGACGCAGCAGCAGCGCGGGCAGCCAGGAGUUCCUCCGGGCCAAGUUCGGCCGCCUCUCCGAUUUCCUCCACGAGAACGAAAGGGACGGGCAGGAAACGCUGCUGAACAACCAGCUUCUCGAAGCCAAAGCUCCCAACGGAGGCCUGGCGGGCGCCGACACGAACGGCCUCCACGGUCAAGCGCGCACUGGCAUGAAGCAGUCCAACACCUCCGCCUCGAUGCGGCGGCGCCGGCACACCUUCUACCGCCAGCCCUCCUGCACCUUCUCCUACUACGGCCGCGUGGGCACCCACCGCUACCGCUACCGCAGGGCCAACGCCGUGGUGCUCAUCAAGUCCUCGCGCAGCCUGAACGACAUCUACGAGAUGCAGAAGCGGCAGAAGAAGCUGCGGCAGAGGCAGCGGCACCAGAGCGGGAACACCAACUCCAGCGGCGACACGGAGAGCGAGGAGGGCGAGACCGAGACCACUGUGCGCCUGCUGUGGCUCUCCAUGCUCAAGAUGCCCCCAGAGCUGCUGCGUCUCUGCCUCUGCCACCUCCUCACCUGGUUCUCCAUUAUCGCCGAGGCCGUCUUCUACACCGACUUCAUGGGCCAGGUCAUCUUCGAGGGGGACCCCACGGCUGCUGGGAACUCUACUGCUCUUCAGAAUUACCACAAAGGAGUGCAGAUGGGUUGCUGGGGGUUGGUCAUCUAUGCUGCUACAGCUGCCAUAUGCUCAGCUUUACUCCAAAAGUACCUGGACAACUAUGACCUCAGCAUCAAGAUCAUCUACAUCUUAGGCACCCUGGCCUUCUCCAUCGGCACAGCAGUGAUGGCCAUCUUCCCCAAUGUCUAUGUGUCCAUGGUGAUGAUCAGCAGCAUGGGCAUCAUCUCCAUGAGCAUCUCCUACUGUCCAUACGCGCUGCUGGGCCAGUACCACGAGAUCAAAGAGUACAUUCACCACAGCCCUGGGAACUCCAAGAGAGGCUUCGGCAUCGACUGCGCCAUCCUGUCGUGCCAGGUCUACAUCUCCCAGAUCCUGGUGGCCUCGGCUCUCGGUGGGAUGGUGGAUGCCGUGGGCAGCGUGAGAGUCAUCCCCAUGGUGGCUUCGGGCGGCUCCUUCCUGGGUUUCCUCAGCGCCGCUUUCCUGGUCAUCUACCCCAGCAGCGCCUCGGAGGAGCCCAAGGAAGAGCAGAAGAAGGCCCUGGAACCGGGCGAGGGGAGCGGGGCAAGCCCCACGGAGAAGCCCAGCGUCCUCAAGCUGACGCGCAAAGGCACCACCACCACCACCUGCAAGGUGGAGUGCGAGUCCACGCUGUGACCUGGCGGCAGAGAGGAGAGAGACGAGGAGUUCUUAGAGCAAGAAUCAUUCCCCCACCCUGAAUAAGUCCAUCGCAUCACCUAUAUAUGAUCGGGAAAGACCGCAGGGGGUGGAAAAUGAAGCUCCACCGGCGGCUGUGAGGUCUGAAGUAGCAGAGUAGUGAGAUUUGUCCUCACGGUCAGAAGCCUGGCUGUAGGGUGACCCCAGGUGGCCAUCCUGUGAAGGGCACAGACUAUCAGAAAAUUGCAGUUUUCUGAGGAUUUUUCUUUUAUUAAAAAAGAUAAACGUGAUUUAAGUUCUUCUAGAGAACAAUUGGCAGGUAUAAGAUAUAAAGCAUUAAGCUUGUGGUAAAUGUAUAUUCUUGAUACAGUUCGUUAAGAGUUAGAAAUCAUUUUAUUGGCACAGGUUUUACAUUUUAUCUUUUUUUUUGUCUGCAUGUGUUUCAGAGCAAAACAAUUGAACUACCAAAAGCUGUUUGGUCUGAAAAAAAAUUUCAAGUAGCCUACAAGUUUUGUGUUUUACACUUUAUAGGCUUAAUGGCUUUAUAUAGCAAUGAUUAUACAGUACAGGGAUAUUUGGGGUGAUUUUACUAUAGGCUGGACUAGAAGAUGAAGACGCUGUCUGGAUUGAGUUAGGAGAGUGCCAUCUGACAUGUUUCCCAUGUCUUUUUUUUCUCUCCACACCUAUAAGUGCUUUAAGACAUGGAAAUAUUUUUGUCUUCUGAGGGAAGUGGCAAUUUCUGUGAGACAGGCGUCAGUCUUGAUGGCUCAUGUACGAUAUGUGCGCCAUCUUAUAAACGACAUUUCCAUGCUUGACGUUACUUAAUCGUCAUGUGGUCCAUAUGAUAACUUUGAUACCACCCUACAGUGGAAAUUCCACUAUAAUCAGCUUCCAUGAUAUAAAACAACUUUUUUCGAGGGCAUUACUUACAGCAAAAAAAAAAAGUUGAAGACUUUAAAAAUGCUGUAUGGGAAAUUACAUGGAAUAUUGUAAGUCUCACCAUCCAUGUGCUGUAAUGUAGGUCGAGCGAGGAGAGUUUACCUUACCAAGAAAAGCCGUUCUCAUUCAGCAGCUGCAGACUGAAGCAUGGAAUUAAGACUUUUAUCUUAGAAUCUGACAGGGACUGGCAGUUCUUUUAAUAUCUGUGUCUUGUGGGGGGAAGUCGAAGGUUUAUGUUGAAAUCUUUGGCUAGUUGCACUUUUUGGUAGAACAUCUAUUGUGCAAGAAUACAGAUGUAUAAUCCCAACUCUACACCCUUGAUUUAGAAGAAAGCACUUUACCGGGACUCUCCUCAACAUCCUGUCCUUAGCUCUUUGUUUACAUUAGAGAACCAUGAAGUGUUUGUUUUUUGUCAUUUUUAAUGGAACCUCUACUGAUUUGCACCUCCGUUGUUCAGUGGGAAAAGAACAAGCAAUCUUGGCGGUAGAAACACAUCUCCAAUUGGCCUGCCGGCACAUUCUGCUGUGCCUCUCGGGUCAGAUGCGCGUGGUUACAGGAGAAAAUGAGGAGAUGGUUCUUGAUAAUGGCAAUACACCGCAUUAUAUGUGAGCCACUUGCGUUUUAAAACCAGGCGGCUAGUUAACACUAUGUAGCACAGGGCUCUCAAAUUCUUCAUGUUCCUGUGUGGCCUUGUGUAUUCUGGAUUUUGUUUCAGUUCCAAAAAAAAACCAGUUACAAUUGUGUAAUAAAUUAUUUAAUUUACUACAUGUAAAUGUAGUAAACAGUAAAUUAUUUCAUUUACUACAUGCUUCUAAUUGGAGACUCACAGGUGUUAUACAGGUAACUCUGCCUUUAAGAUAGUGAACAUUUUGCAUAAUAAACAGUAGAAGACUGUAAGGGAAUAAUUAUCUUAAUCAUUGAAUUGAGUCCUCAGGUCAGAACAAACCCCAGAAUCCUAGAAUUUGAGAUGCCUGAUGUAGAGAUGAUGCCGUGACAGGCAUGAGAAUAUAGAAAACGUCCUUGAAUUGAUGAAACACAUUGUGUUCUGUGCUGACAUGUUGCCAAGCUUGCCUAGUGGGUAUUUCAAUAGUGCAUUCAUUUAAGCUGCUUCACCCACUCAGAACAAGGGGACAGAAAUCCGCUAACCCUCAGGUGCAGUUUGUUUCAUUAUAUGGGAUUCCAAGUAUUACAGGCCGUAAAUUCAGCAAUUCCUGUACUGCAGGAAAAAAAAAUAGACAUCAGUAUCCUACACUUAUAUUGAAAGAUUGUUCAACCAAAUCCUGUAGGAUGCUGGUCAUUUUUUACAUCUAUUUUACAGUAUGUAUACAUAUGUAUUAGAUUAUAUGUUAAAGCAUGUGUGUGCAUGUAUUUGUAAAGGUAUAUGUGCUCACAUAUUAUAUAAUAUACGGAAGUAGAUUAAUGCAAAUAUAAAUCUAUACUGAGUGGGGAAAAACUAACAUCUUAGUAUCUUCAGAAUGUAAAAAGACUUGACAAAGGUAAAAAGUAUCUGACAAAUCAUGUAAGUUGCAAUAAUUUAUCUGCCUCAAUAAGUGUAAGCAUUAUAAGGCUUGGGGUGGGAGUACAGUGCUUUUAUAAUGAAAGGGUGGGCGUAUGUGCAUCCUGGUUCUCUUCAGAAAAACAAUAUAUAAUAAUCUAAGUACUGAAAAUGCAACUUUGUAAAACUUUCUCUCAAGGCAUUUUUUUUAAAUAUCUGAAGUGUUUCUUGAGUAUUUCUAAGAUACACGAAAAUGUGACAUUUUCCAGUCCUUUUGGUUUGCGAUACUGAAAUGUCAGGACAGACUAGGAGCGUGUUCCCCUAGUUCAGGUAUAUCGGAUUCAUUUGGUUCCAUCGGGCGGCAGAGGAAAGAAGAUGAAUGUAAUUUUUUUUGUUGUUGAAAUUUUGUUUUUGGAGCAACACAUCUGAAAUUGCACAGGACUUUAUAUGAACCUUGUAUGCUAAAAAAAAAGAGAGAAAAAGGUCUUGCCGAAGAAGAAGAAAAACUGUGUGGAUAUUUAUUUUUUGAACUUGUAGAAUUGCCUUUUUUGAUUUAUUUAAAGAAAAUCUAUAUUUAGUCUUCUACUGAAUGCAAAUGAGCCCUAUUCUCACAAGAGGAGAAUUGAGAUGUGCUUGGGUAGGCUUCUGGCUCCAAAGUCACCUCUUCAGUUCUUCCCGAUUUCACUCUUCAUCCUCGGCUUACCCUCUGGAUAUUAUCCUCACAGCCUGCCAUGGGCUGUCGUUCAAAAGUUGUAAAUAUUUCUUUAUAGUAAUUUUCUUUUGCUGCUUUUGAAGGAAGUUGAUUGUUAUUUUUUAGGUAUUUUUUCUAUACGUACUGUAUAUAUAAAUGAAAUCUAUGUAAAUUUGCUUAAGCCUUUCUCAUGUAGAACUAUGAAAGAACACUGUAUUGAAUGCACCUUUUCACCUUUGUUAAUCAAAAUAAAUUUUCUGUUUCUUUUUUUUUAGAAAUACCAAAUUGAAAUUUUAAUAAAUUGAACAUGUUUAAAUGAAUUAAGAUUAAACAAUGAACAGACAGAAUAUUACAGACAAAAAUGCAGUUUUCACUCUUCAAGGGAAAACUAUUGGUACUUGAAGCUUAAACAUUUUCUGUUAAGAGAUCCCUACCCUGAAAUACAUAGUCAUAAAACUUGUGAGGAACUUGAAAAUAUAAUUUUGUGAUCUUUUCAGUUUGCUCCACUGUAACUUCAACAGCUCCGAGUGCCUGAUUUGUAUUAAAAAAACACAUUCUAAAAUCAGACAAGAAGAAUUUUAAAGAUGUUCAGGAAACUACUUUUCUAUAUUGGAAAGGCUUUGAGGGUGUGCCUUCUGAGCUAAACGUUUUAAAACACUGAAUUUAUCGAAAUAUCUAUACAAAAAAUAAUAUUGCAUUUACAGUUUUAAAGAACUGCUGACCAUACUAGUAAAAGCUUGUGUGAAAAAAUAUUCUCUGAGCUGAAAAACAUUUGUACUCCAAUGCAUUUUGUUCUGCUGGAUGGGAAGUUGACUGUGUCAACAGGGAUUAAGGAGAAAUGGUUUGCAAAUUGAUUGGUUUAUAUUUAGAUAUCUCAGGUGUAUGUCUCUUUGACAUCAUUUUGAAAUCAGUGCACCUCCGGAUACUGUGUAGUCUGUGGAAUUCCUUCAUUGCUAUACAGACUUCUGUUGUACACUUUGUGAAUAGUUCUUGCAUGAAGGAGAUCUGAGUCAGGUUCGGAUUACUUCUGAUUCAGCCAAGACAAAUGGUGAUUUAAUCUCUGCUUAAGAGAGGGUGGAGGAGGCAUUUGGUGUUAGGAGUAACUGCUCUCCUGUGCAGCUGUUGUCUACACUAUUAUAAAUAAGUGGUUUUGAGCUCCUCUGUAUACAUUGAGAAGUUCCAAAAACUUGAAAGAAUGCUCCAUUUUCCUCUUUUAACUUCAAAGACACUUGCAUUUCAGGAUUCAGCUCUAAACUGUGUAACGAGAGCCUUGUAUCUUGGAACUGAAAGGACAUAAUAGGAUUGUCGAAUGAGAGCAAACUCUUAUUUACAAUGAAGUUUCUGCUGUCGGAUAUUUUUACUGGAAUGCUCUGAGUGCAGUACCAAAGCAGGGUCCAGCCCAGAAUUUGAAUCCACAUCCUUCCAGUUACAAUUCCAAAAUUACAGUUGCAACCAGUUGGGGUUGUUUAUAAAAUUCAACUUCUGCUAGUCUCUUUUUGUUUUAAUUGUAAUUUAAGGUACAAGAGCUCCUUAAAAUCACACCUGAAGAUGUUGGUCAAAUGUAAUUUGUCAAGCAGGUUUUUAAUUACAUUAAGAUACAUUGCAGUUCCAAUUUAUAAACUGCAUUGAUGAUUUCAUGAUAUGGAAACAGUUUUUAUUUGAUAUAUUGCCCCAGUAUGACAGUGAUGAGAAAGCAAUAUUGUGGGUAGUACUAAAAGAACAUCAAUGGUUCAAUCAUUUGGAACUUGGAGUCCCAGCUAAAAAGUGAGCCUCAUACUAAUGAAAUGAGCAGUAUUGCUAUAUAGUAGGAAACCAAGUGAUUACAUUAUCUGGUGUAAUAUAAAUACUGGAUCUAAAACCCAAAAUUAGGCACUGCAAUACUAAAUAAUAAUCUUAAAAUAAAAACAGAAACAUCAAUUUUUCUUUAUUGUUUGACAGGCAUCAGUUAAAGAGAAAAGACUCAUGAAUGUUCACUUAAAAUGCCUUAAACCCUUUCCUGCUUACUUUUUGUGGACACAAUCCUUGAGAGCCCUGCUGCACGUCACACAGCGGGAAGAAAAUGUGACCAUAAUAGCGUGAAAUCAAGUGACCGUACCUGCUGUAGGACAAAGUGACGCAUCACUUGCUUGUUCAUUGUAAUGGUUCAUUUCCAUAUCUCUUAUGUUACAAGCUAAGCGACAGUUAGGCCAAUUAAUGGUCAUCAUUCGAAACCAAUUUCUACAGCGGCAGCCAAAUUAUAUAAUUGACUGUCAUCUUCAGAUACUGGAAGAUCUGGCUUAAUAAGUUUACUGGGCUCUGAUUACCUGCAUUGUACAAUCUUCUUUGAAGCCAGUUAAUAUCCUUUUAUAGUAAAUACUCAAACAAUCCUUUUGGGCCUCACUAUCAUAAUGGCAUUCAAGCCACAGAAAUUUCACUACAAUAUCAAAGGCUACACGCACGUCUUUCAUUACCAUCCAUUUUCUUAAGAGGAUCACAGGGAUGGCUAAUGACAACCUUUUAUUUUCCAGCUCCUCUAUGACAUAGUUAUGGAUUCUGUUCCGUAAAAGCAUUGAUGAUGGCGAUUAUGAUUACAGUUUACGAUAAUACCUUGUGGUUGCAGUUAGAGUAGAGUGAAAUACAUGGGCUGUGACCAUCUAAGCCUGCGUUGAGUUCUUUAACUCUUUAGCUAUUGUUGCACCCAGUUCAGCCUAAAAUACAUCUUCCGAAUUUUAUGCUUUGUUAAUCGCAAAAGAUAGACAACCAGUAACAUACCAAACGUGUAGUUCGGCAGCACCCAACUGGGUGGUUUGGUAUCCAACACUGCAUUUAAAAUGGCUUCACAAGUACUUUUACAUAUAUAUAUAUACAGUAGCAACACAUUGUUUUGCUAGACCCGCAGAGUGAUGAAUGUUGCUGACAUAAUUUGUAUUUUCCUAUUAAACAAGAGGAAGAUGAGACGCCAUUGGUUUUGCAGGCAAGUUUUCACAUUUUAGAAAUGCUGGCCACCAAUCCUCUGUACAUUUUGACCAGGCCUGUUUGUUAGUCAUGUAUCUUGCAUCACUUGGAUCUGUUGUCUGUUGACUUUGAUGUUUUCUUUUUGUUUGAACUCUAACCUGAAGCUUGUGAGAGAAAAGGCCUCAUUGCCUCUUAGCUAGACUGUGUAUGUAACUGCAGAAGAGGCAGUUUAGAAGUAUUAACAUGCUGUUAAGGUGUAAUGCUCAGUACUGAUUUGUUUACUAGAAAUGACUGUGAAACCAGUCCCCUUCUCCACAAAGACAAAUACAGCUACACUUUAAUUUUUAACAUUUCCUGGGUACCCAGUUCAGCUAAUUGGAAGUUAUUCAAAUACCAUGUCAUGGAAUCAGGAGUUAUGUAAGGUGUGGAUUUUGUGUUCUUUUAAAACUUUUAAAACAAGUUUUUUUCCUUGUGUCACUGGCGUGAAGUGGGUAUGACUCAAAUGACUGAGGAGGAUGUGAUAUGACAUGAAAGGAGCUUUAUAAAAUAAAAAUUGUCACCAUUACUCCUUAGAGUCAGAAAGGUAGAAAUGGUGGGGGAAAAAAACAUGAUUGCAGUCUAUUAAACACCCACAUAAGCUAACAAUCCAUCCAUUAAAGGAUAUCUACGUAAAAUAUUUAUAGUUUUGCACAGCCUCUUUCAAAUGAGCAGGGUGCCUAAAAAACAAAUGACGUUUGCCUUGAAUUGUUCUUCAACCAAAAAAAAUAGUUUCAUUUCUAGACCUAUACAAAGUGAGAGAAGUCACUGGCCUAAAAACAUGUUUUGCUUUCUUCUAGAAUUUAAUGCCAAAAUGAGAAUUGUUUCAUUUCAUUUCACACAACAGCCUCACCAAACGUUAUACAGUGAUGAGUGCUGUAGGCAUUACUUUUUUUUCUGUGAAAGAUAUACCAAAAAUAUUUUACUCGUUUUAUCUGUGCAAGUCUCUUCAGGAGAGGAACCUUUGUUUCAGAAUUUGGAUCACUGUUACGUGAAGCUAGAAUUGUAACUUGUUCACCAGGUGUACACUGUAAAGCUGCAAUACCUUGCUGCAUUAUGAAUUGAGCUAUCACUCCCUCUAGAGCUGGAAAUGUUUUUAAAUGUUUUUGCCCAGCUUCAGAAAUUAACUUUAUAGUUCUUCACAAACAGCAGGAAACAAGGAAUACCUUGUGUGCAAAAUACCGCAAGGAUUUAAAUAUAUGCGUGCAUCAAAACAAACAGCGUCAAGCACUUUUCAGGCUGUUUUCGUCUGCUUUUCUUCUUCAACUCUUUGUGGAAGGGUAGCAGACUGUAGGCAGAUGAAAGGUGAAUGAAAUUAGCUUAAUUGACCUUACUCUUUAAUGUUAGAAUUAAUUACCUGACACAAAAUAAAACAGAUGGGGUUUAAAAUAUAUGAAGCAGAGAUGAAAGGGGCAGGAGACUGUCAGUGGUCUAUUUGUCCAAUGCAAUGUCUGAAUAAACAAAUCCUCUUUUGGUGUCUCUUGAGUGACAGCAGCUGUUUCAGGACUCUUUCUGAGUCACCUGACGUAAUGGGAGCAGUUGGGCAAACCACUUUUGCUCUGCUGAUCAUAAUGUGCUUCAGGUAUAGCACAGAUUAACCCCUCUAGGAACUUCAUAAUUACACUAAUUUAAAAUUUUAUAUAAUCUCUUUUACACGCGUGGUGUAGUUGCUCUCCUUUUUCAAGUCUGCAAAUAGGCACUUCAUUGUUGGAUCUGUUUCUUUUUUUUGUUUGUUUCUUGAAUAUUUGGUUCCGUAGUGAACUGAUCGUAAAUCAACUGCUUUUUUUAUCAACUUAUUAAGUUGGGGCGCUAUUGUAGCUCUUGCCGAGUAUAGUAAUGUCAUUUAACUUUUUAAAUAAGAGCGUGUGUUAAACACAUGAGGGUAUUGAAAGACAAAAGGGAUUAAAGCAAAGAGGUGUUGCAAUAGAGCUAGUGCUGGGAACUGUGUGAUGAGGGCACUAAUUGGACAAAGGCCUUCCUUAUGUAGUGGGGGCACAGGACUAGACUGCACCACUGUACGCCAGUAGGCAAACCUGUGGAAACCCCACUGGCUGUCAAACCAUCUUCAAUUUGGUUUGAAAGCAUGAUAGUUUACUAUCUUAAGACAUGCUUAAAGAGAACCAGAACUCUGUGACCAUGUCAACACAGUUUCUGUAAGGAUUAGACGCAGUGUUUAUUGUUUACAUCGUGGGUUUGGAAGAAAGGGGGAUAUUUAAGGGGUUACGUCCUGAAGCAAAAAAGGUUGACUUAUGUUGGGCAAAACUUAAUCUCUUUAUGAGUUCCCGUUCGUGACCAUCACUGCAUGUGGCAUGUGAUUUUGUGCCCAUCAGUUUUAGCAACGUAAAGCAUGCUGAAAGCACUUUAGACAGACCAUCAAAUGUCACAGAAAGGACAGGCACACACACACAAAACAAUGAUGAUAAACAGGGUUCUGUGCCUUCUGUAUGUUUGGAGUGGGCCAGGUCAUGGCUGGAGAGGGUUUCUCUCAGGAGUGAGAAGUGUGUCCUCUCUAGAGUUUCUAUGAGAAACCUUAUUGAGUCCAUGUACGGUUUGAACCAAGUUACACCUUGCAGUGCAUGAGUGUGGAAAGGCCCAGACUCCUGCAGGUAGGUGGAAUGGACACAUGGUCUUUGUUUUCUUUGUGUUCAACCUUAAAGUUUUUAUUUUAGUGUUUUUGUUUUCUUUCACUCUGAAUUUUAAUGCCGGGGGUGUUGGAAAAAAAUACUGUUGCAUGAUUUCACUGAAAAAAUUGUAAGGUUUUAUUGGGAGUUUUUUUUUUAUUUCAAGCUUUUCGACACUUUUGAAGAAGUGUAUAACCUUUGUUUUGGUUUCUUGAGGUUACUGGGUUUUAUUGGUCAUACAAAGAAGACUUCUUUGUCCACAGAGUGUUGUAUGAAAAAGCUUUGUUCACAAUCCCAUACAAAAUAAUUUAAAUAUAUAUAUUUCAAUUAAA